CAGAGUGGAUUUAUUGAGGAAUUACACGGCUAUAGUUCUAUCAGCAUUUGUCACGGCAGGAUUAUUUGAGGUAUAUAGCGUAUCAAAUUUUCCAAGGAAGAGAUUUAAUCAAUAUGCUCUCAGACAUUUUUUUUUAUAAGUAUACAUCUACUAACCAGCGGGUGUUGGAUUUUCCUAUAAACUGUUCUUUGGUUUUUCGUUUUCAAAUUGAGUCAUGUUACUUCGUGUAAUUUUGGUGUAGAGUUUGGUACAAGUCAUUACUACGUCAGAAGAUUUAGUGUCUGUUCGAGCAACGAUAGUUUUGGGUCAAUUACUUCAUAUGGUAAGUAAAAUGGUGAAUUUAAGCAAUUAUGUCCGUUCCACAUUUAAUUUAGUUGUAAAGAUCCUCAUCCUGAAGUCAUAUUCGAUCCUUUGACAGACCUACAUCAUCAAAAUCGCGGAGUUUUAGAGUUAACUGCAAGAUAGUGGUUAAAGGGGCAGUGUCACGUUUCUACUGCGCAUCCAAAAUAUGCGCGAACUUGAAAAACUGUCUGCCAACAAUUAAUCAAGUUAGGAGUGAAAUACGAUAUGCUAUUUAUAAUCCCUUUGUUAUGCAGGACAUCCUUGCUUUGUUUUAAAAAUUGAAGGCUGCUGCAAUUUUUCCAAUCAUGUAGCAUUAAUUUUAAACGUUUCUUUGCGCCGUUUAUUUUAGCCAAUCAGUGCCGUGACACUGCCCUUUUAAGAAGUAGUUAAGAGUUUUACACAACCGCGGCCCUUGUAUUCUUUUCCUGUACUGUGCUAUGCUGUUGUUUUGUUUUGUACUGCAAUUUAUAAUAUAGCAUUUGUAAAUUCCGAACGCUGAUUGGCUAAGAGCGGUGUUGAUACAACUUAAUAUCAAUACGGAAAAUUUAUUUCGUUAUAUUUCUUGCAACCUCGUACCCAGGGUCUGCCCACUCGAUUUGUAUUUCUUCGUGCUAUAUUAUAAAAAAUAUAGAAAACACUUUUUUUUCCGUAUUGAUAUACAGUUAUAUCAACAUGCACUCGUGGAAAUUGGGAAAACUCGAAAUUGUGUGAAAACACUCCGCCGUCGUGUUCAACACAAUUUGUCGUUUUCCCAAUUUCCACUCGUGUUGAUAUAUAACUGUACAUCAACACGGAAAAUGUUUUAUAUUUGUUAAAUAUCAUACGCUAUUGUGCAAUAUUGUACUGCACUGCAUCAUUGUAUCUCACUGAAUUUUUAUAAUUGCUUUAGGCCAACACCCUGUUGCCACCAGAAUGCAGUAGCCAUACGCACUGUUUGCCAACGUUGAUGAAUAUCGCAACAUCAUUUCAAGUCACUCGACAAGAAAGAGGGUACUAUUCGUAUUGACAGUAGCGUAGCUAGCCUGAAAAUUUAGUCCUGCUAUGUAAAUUUCAAAGCAUCAUUCAUUUCUUUAGAACUUCAUUGUUUUUACAGUCUAUGAACACGGAAAUACUUGCAUAGCAGGAGCAAAUAGUCAGGCUGGUUACGCCACUGCGUAUUGAUAUUGCAUCACUGCAUCAUUUUAUAUAGUUGACGCACAUACUAGGUAUAGAUAGGGCAUAUACUGAUAUAGUAUUAAAUUUCAUAAUCUGAUCGUAUUGUUAACCAUUGUUCUCUCUGCAAAUUAAUUUGAUAAGUUUCUAAGUAAUAGAUAAACAUGAGCAGUCGCUCUGUAUGGAGUUUGUACAGACACGAGAGUUUUAUCCAUUUUACAAAUAUCAUCAGAAUAAUAGUUAAUUAAUUGAAUAAUCAAGUUUCUCGCUCAAUCUAGACGUGCAAGUUCUGCAGUGAAUUGUUUGGACAGACUUCAUCAAUUGAAGAAGCGAACACUUAGUCCUUACUCACUAUUUUUGGAAUUCCUUACCAUGGUAAUGUGCAUUCCUUUAUACAAAUAUUCUUGGAAACUCUUCCUUGCUCCCCUAGCUCAUUCACCAGUGUAGGAAUAAUAAUUCUUAAUUUAAAUGACAUGAAACUAUGAUAAUAUAGGAAUGUCUCAACCGUGGGAGUCAGACUCAAGAUUUGUACAUGUAUUGUUUGUUAAUUGUAAUAGUCACAAGGAUCGAAUCUGGCACUUAAUCCAACCAAGACAAAAUGCAUGCUGUUCACUACCAGUCAGAUGUCAACAUACCACUCCCUGUCAUCGCGCCCUCUGCAGCUUGCUGUUGAAGGGAAAGCACUGGAACGAGUAAAAUCAACGAAACUACUCGGAGUACAUCUAAAAGAGAAUCUAAAAUGGGGCGUCCAUGUGAAACAUCUUGCCUCGACGUGCUAUGGCACUCUAGCAAAUCUCAGAAAAAUUAAGAACUUUACAACUUUCACCCUGAGAAAGCAUCUGGCUGAAAGCUUAAUUAUUUCUCGUUUAGACUUUAGUGACAUAGUAUUCUAUCCACUAACCGAACAUCUACUCAAUAGACUACAGCGAAUACAGUACUCAGCUGCUAGUUUUGUGACUGGACGUUAUGUAAAUAGUAUUGAAUCGAUUUUAAAAUUGGGUUGGUUACCCAUGCGAGAACGAAGGGACUGGCAUAUUCUUAAAGCCACACAUAAGGCGUUAUAUAGCAGCGAUUGGCCUCUUUAUGUUAGCCUUGAAAGGUCUGAACACACACACGUGUUUUACGGUCUAAUGCUCAAGUCAAUUUAGUUCUACCUCUAGUUCCUAAUACCUUUCAAGAUUGUUCAGCUUCAUUAUUUAAUUCUCUACCAGCUGAUAUCAAAUCAUGCACAGAUCAUAGAGCCUUCUCUAGACAAACUUUUAAUAUUUUAAAGCAACGCUGUCUUACUAUUUAAUUGUAAUGCUUAGGUCUAGUUUACAACUUUCUUACUAUUUCUUUAGAUAUUGUAGUAGUAGUAGUUUUAUCAGGUGAAGAGCCAUUGUAUGGAAAUACUGAUAAUAAAUCAUUAUUAUUAUUAUUGUUAUUAUUAGUAAAAUUAUCUUUGUUUGGGUUUUGCAAUUUUUCAUUGAGUUUGUUUUGCAAUUUUUGUUGACUUUUGCAAGUUUUGCAAUGUUUCGGGUAUUUUUAGUUCCCCAUUUUUUUCUUCCAUCGAAUGUCAUUUUUAUAUCGUUAGUUUUAUUCCAUUGAAGUGUCAUUUUUAUAACGUUUCAUCAAACGUUAUGAAGUAAUGUGCAAUACAGUAAAAAAGGCUAGGACGCUCAGCUCCACCCUGCUGGAAAUGAAAUUGUAUCGAUGGGGCUCAGAAUCUCUCAGCCUCUAUACCUUCCACGGUAUACCCCUGUGGUUGUUCAAACCUAAUUUAUGUUGUUUGUGUAAGGUAUGGUAUAUGUAGUUGUAAACGGAUUGUUUCAUAUUUUACAGCAAUCAAAGUCAAGUGAAAGCAAGAACAAACAUAAGAAACGUGAACGAGACAAGGAAAAUGCACUUAAAUGUAUAAACAAGGUUGGUGUUAUGUUAAAAUAUCUGAAUUUUAAGAAACGCUAAGGGAGUUUUGCCGAGACAGGACGAUGAUAUAGAGAUAUAUGGCAAUUUCGUAUUAAUCUUUUAUAAUGGUAAAACUUCAAGCAUUUUUUCUAGGAUUUUGAUGAUGACAUGAUCAGAGAUAUAAACGUAAGUUAUUACUUAUUUAUUGUAUUAUAUUUUCUCUUUUUAAUUAAUGUAUACGUCUCUGUUAAUAUCAUAUGCAGUAUCUCAACUCGUUGUUAAAGUGAGCCCGCCCACGUGGGAUCUCUUGUUGGGUAUAUGCAUAAAAUGAAAUCAUGUAACCAGUAUUAUUGGUAAAUUCUGUGCCAGAAGGGCAUUCGCGCGGAUCAAUAACAAACUUGUAUCUAUUACAUUCAUUAAUGUUAUAUGAAAUAGUUAAACUUAUCGAUCGGAUGACGUUCGCUGGGUCUCACUGUGUAACAUAGAUUUGAAAUGUUUUCUAUUAAUUCGCUGAGCGUAGCGAAGGAGACUAGGCCAUGUAAUUUUCAACACAGACAUUUAUAUACACAAGAAGGACAAUGCAUGUCCACUCGUACCAAAAAUUUGAUUGGACCCAUGAACUGUUACUCGAGAAAUUUAUUCCUUUUACAUAUCAAACAAAAUAAUGUUUUUUUCCCACUGUGAUGCGUGUGAACGGCUUUAUGAACGUAUAUUCUGACAUUUGUAAACAAAUAUAUGAGAUAUAUACACUGCAUAUAAUAUUGUGAUUUUACUCGAAUACACCUGUGAUAAAGGUCUAUGGUUCCACUGGCUUUUUAUAUUCAUAAAAUCGAGAUUUUAGUUAUUAAAAUAUGUUCUUUUUUCAGGUGGGUACUGCAAAAGAAGAUUGCAAUCCAUUGCAAUGGGAUGUAAUUGCCGCCAUUUUAGAGGUAUAAGUCAGAACACAAAUUGUAAUUUCCAAAUUACGUUUGAGAGUGCGUGAUCUUGAACAAUAAAAGUACAAAUACAUUCAGUAAAAAUACCGAAGUUUACACUUCGAAAAGCAAAACAGUUGAUCGAAUAAUUAACGUAAUAUAGCCAGGUUAGAUUGUAUAUACAGGGUGUAUAAAGAAAAGAUAAUCCAACUUUGACAGGUUCUUAAUACGUUAAUUAUUACGUUUAUAGAUCUUCUGUUUUCGUGAUACCUUUAUCCAAUCAUUGCGAUAAAGAAUGACCAAAUACGAUCUGAUUUAAAGUGGUCGGUUGAAAUCGCAUGUUUCCACAUUUAGGGUUCAAAUGCAGCCUCGUACCCAGGCGCAAAUAACGUACUAAAAAUAACAACACUACAGUGUUUUUAUAUAGCCCCGCGCGCUCGCUCAUCUUAGCCACUGAUCUAUAUAAAAACACUGUAGUGUUGCUAUUUUUAGUACGUUAUUUGCGCCUGGGUACGAGGCUGGUUCAAAUGUUGGAACAUUUGCCCGGCAAAUGCUUGUUGCCCAUUUGGUGGGAAACGUAUGCAUUGCGAGUUCUGUCUGCAAACUUCCAGUUUUGUAAAAUGUUCUCACCACUCCAUUUCGAUGCAGAAUUGCGAGUGGAAAUUUACCAGAACUUGAUGCUUACACAUGCGUUGCACCAUCUUGAUUCAGCAACUUAUUAACUUAACCAAACGAGAAUAAUUUCAAUAUUCAGACUAUAGCUUUACAUGCAAUGACCGACAUUUUUAAAUCGCAAUGACACAAGAAAGGUAGCAUUCGACAGCUAAAAGCCUGAUCUUUAUUGGUAUGAAAAACGUAAACAUGCCAAAGUUGGAUUAACUUUUUUUUAUACACCCUCUCUAUAUAUAAUGUCAAACAAAGAAUAAGCUAAAAUGACGGCCAGUAAAUAGACAUUUUCUUCUCACUCUAGUGCCCAACGGUAAACCUUCGUAAACUGGAAGAAACUGGAUGCAGUGGGUAAGUCUAGUUCAGUUUUAAGACUUUGGCUAUAGAGCCUCGUUUUCGUGUAUAUGACAUUAGUCAAACCCGAACGUCUCGAUCACGAAAACGAAGAUCUGUGGCCAAAGUGGCGUAUUUUCCGGAAGGAUGUGUUGAAUCGUAACAUGUCCCUGAGACAGAAUGAGAGUAAAAUAGAAGUAUACAUACCUAUAGUCUUUAAAGAAUCGUAACAUGUCCCUGAGACAGAAUGAGAGUAAAAUAGAAGUAUACAUACCUAUAGUCUUUAAAGAAUCGUAACAUGUCCCUGAGACAGAAUGAGAGUAAAAUAGAAGUAUACAUACCUAUAGUCUUUAAAGAAUCGUAACAUGUCCCUGAGACAGAAUGAGAGUAAAAUAGAAGUAUACAUACCUAUAGUCUUUAAAGAAUCGUAACAUGUCCCUGAGACAGAAUGAGAGUAAAAUAGGCGUAUACAUACCUAUAGUCUUUAAAGAAUCGUAACAUGUCCCUGAGACAGAAUGAGAGUAAAAUAGAAGUAUACAUACCUAUAGUCUUUAAAGAAUCGUAACAUGUCCCUGAGACAGAAUGAGAGUAAAAUAGAAGUAUACAUACCUAUAGUCUUUAAAGAAUCGUAACAUGUCCCUGAGACAGAAUGAGAGUAAAAUAGAAGUAUACAUACCUAUAGUCUUUAAAGAAUCGUAACAUGUCCCUGAGACAGAAUGAGAGUAAAAUAGGCGUAUACAUACCUAUAGUCUUUAAAGAAUCGUAACAUGUCCCUGAGACAGGAUGAGAGUAAAAUAGAAGUAUACAUACCUAUAGUCUUUAAAGAAUCGUAACAUGUCCCUGAGACAGAAUGAGAGUAAAAUAGGCGUAUACAUACCUAUAGUCUUUAAAGAAUCGUAACAUGUCCCUGAGACAGGAUGAGAGUAAAAUAGAAGUAUACAUACCUAUAGUCUUUAAAGAAUCGUAACAUGUCCCUGAGACAGGAUGAGAGUAAAAUAGAAGUAUACAUACCUAUAGUCUUUAAAGAAUCGUAACAUGUCCCUGAGACAGGAUGAGAGUAAAAUAGAAGUAUACAUACCUAUAGUCUUUAAAGAAUCGUUGUGAGUUAUCUGGACCGUUAUAGUACGGAUUGUCUAUCUUAGUUACCUUUUGUCAGUUGUUAUGGAAACCCAAGAAUGUAUAAUUAUAGCAGUAUGUACUACUACUAUAAAUUACUAUAUUGCCAAUAAAUAGGACCCCCUGCUAGGCCUGAUAGUUACAAUGCUCUAUCCGCCAUGUUGCUAAUUUUGAAUAUUAAUUAGUUCGCCCCCUGAAUAAAAUGCGUCUGACACAUGCACUUGUUAUCUCUGUUUAGGUUUAUCAGUAGCCUGCUAUAUUUCUACCAACCAAGCAGCCUUCAGUUUUGUACAGUGGAACUUAGUAAUCCUAUGGCAAAGAAACUGUCAGAAAUUGGACUUCUUUUGAUAGAUUUUCUUCUUGCCAAUAUUGUAAGUAUAGUCGAAUAUGAUCCAAAUAUCACUGAAGUAAUUGGCCAAAUGAAGAAACCGAUAAUAAUGAAUAUUGCUCACCAUUUUCGCUUCAUGUUCAGUACCAUUCGCCUAGUUCACACAUUGACAUGAAGACCUUUGAAUUGAAACCAAGGUUAAUUUGUCACACACUUUGAUCUAAACUUACUUUGAAUUAAGGAACCUUCACUUGAAAUUUUAGAGCAGCCUCGAGGAUUGUAUUACUCGUGUAAUUAAUUUAUCGAGCCGACUGGUAUACCAUAUAGUUUAUAUAUGUUAAGACAAUCCAUUAUGGUCUGCUUGAGUAAAACGACACUUUGCAUGAAAAAUAAUAUUGAGCGAUGUGAUCGGGUGACGACAAAAUUCGGUACGGAAAACAUCGAUCUAUACUUUUCGGCGGCCAAUUACAUCGCUAACUAGUCAUGUUCCUGGUUUUAUGGAAUAAAAUUUAAAUUUGGUGAUCUUACCACAAAAUGAACAGUGAUUUUGCCAUUCUACUGGACCAUAGUUAAUAUAUAUGGUUGGAUAUUAAUAAUAAAUAUUUGUUUUUAGCAGGAAAGUCAGCGCAUGCUUGAAGACUUCACUAAGGAAUUCUCAGAAUGUCUAGAUAAGGUAUGUGGACGUCUAAUCUCCAUUUCCUUCAACUACUGCUGGCGUAAACACAGUUGGAUCUACUGGGCGUAAUACGAAACCAUAUUUACCCGAAACCUGCAGGAACAGCUAAUAGGCAAUUCCAGCUUUUAGUUUAUGCGUGCAGGGGACGAUGGGAAGUAAGGUAUCACAUUGCUGAUUAUGCUGAAAAAAUAAAAAUGGUGGCCGUGUAAACACGGAGUGAUAGCUUAUACUUGUAAAUAUUGAAAUAUUUCGGUUGUUUCGGUAGUUUUUAUUGAAAUUUUCCAACAUAAUCAGCACUAUGAUACCUUACUUCCCAUCAUCCCCUGCAGGCAUAAACUAAAAGCUGGAAUUGCCUGUUGUGCAAUAACACUGAGCUUGUACAUUGAUUAUCUGUAUCAUUAAGUCUUCGGUGGCACAUUCUCCCUAUCCAGGAGCGAGAGUUGUGAAUAUACUUUUGAAACCCUUUUGAUCGUUGGUAUUGUUGAUGGCAAUUGAUCAGUCAUGCUGUUGAGUCCUACAUAGCAGGGGGUUCGGAGAUCUUGCUGCCACGAAAAAUGUUGAAUUUUGGAAGUUCAGAGUAUGUGUUUCAUGCAUUUUCAGGGUGAAAUUCGUGCAACAGAGCAACAAAUAUUUGAAAAUCUCAUUGCCAUUAGUUUUUAUUUUCCUUCCCAGAUUUCUCUUCCUUUUCGUUUCUUCCCGUUCCUCAUUUACUCUUUUGGGGGUAAACGCCCGACAUUUUUCAAACAUUGAAUCAUUUGAUUCUUGGGACGGUGUCCGCCAGAUUGAAUAAGUGAUACGAUGCCAAUUUCUGUUGAAGACUUGCCUGUAAUAGCCAAUGUUUUGUGAAUGGUUGGACCUUGGUUUUGCUUUGAUUUACUGAAGUUGAAAGUCUUCUAAAUGCUUUGCUUUGACUGACCAAGGCUCUUUAAUCAUAUUUUCAGGCUUUCAAGGAUGCCAACAGUGGAACUCUUGGUGAGGAAAGUUUAAUGAAGACAACAAGUCGUUAUUAUUUUGUAUUCUUCGGAAGAUUGUCUUGUUCGAGUGAAGGUCAUAAACUUCUAGGAACUACUGGAGUUUAUCAGCAGUAAGUCUGAGCUUUUUCCUCUUACGCAGUAUUGAAUUCUUUCAUACUACUACAGCUGUACAGCAAUUUAAUAUGACACUGCUAAGAACAAUUUGUCCACUACCUGGACAUGAUCAAAUCUGGCUGUUGGAAAGACUUGAUUGAAAUAUACUUGGCCAAGUUUCAAAUAUGCAUUCUUUCAAUAAUUAUGUUACGAGCAUACAGUAUACUUAUUUGGCCUUGUUUCGUUUCCACUAAGUUAAAUAUUGAGAUAGAAUCAGUAUUCAUAAUAAGGCUUCCAGUUCAAGAAGAAAUCCAUCAGGGUCGGAAUCUAGAGUCUUCUAAUAUGACCUUUUAUAAUCAUCAUAUUAAUUUAUGCAUCGGGUUGUUCUCAGUUAUUUAGACCUGGCCUCGAUGAAGUCACGUGAUCGCCUUCUCAAGCUGAUACUUGCCAGUUUAGACUACAGACGUGCUGAAAUAAGCAGAAUUAUUUUAUCCAAGAUCCUCACCGCUUCCCCAACGGUAAAGUCUUUAAAUUUAUAUUCGGAACAAAUAACCAAUCGCUGUUCAGCCUGGCUCAACAUUGGCAGAAUUUGAAACAACUGUGAUAUUGUGAACUAAAUGUCAAUGCCUUACUAUGCUUUACUAUUUUUAUUCUUCAAAUCUUGUAUGACGGAACUUUCUCUAAGCCGCAUUUUAGUAAUUCUGUGUUUGAAUAACUAGACCAUAGCCAUAGGCUUAGUAAAAAAUAUUUUAGUAACUACGUAUCGGAGUAUAACUCCAUCUUCAGGUUAAAAAUGACUCGUGUCCGUGUCUGUAUUUGUAAUUAAAUUUUAAAAACUUGAGUUCAGGUCAGGUUCCAUUCUUUCAAUGUAAAAUGCCUCCGUGAUCUUUCUUUCCAAUGUUGCUUUCGUUUUGUUCAACAUAGAUGGAAUAAGCAUAGGCGACUGACCUGGGUGUAACUGUUUGUAGUGCUUCGAGAGUGCCAGGUAACAGUGGGAAAAACGCUCGAAACACUACAAUUAACUACGUCUUCGUGGAUGAGACGAAGGCUUUCCUGCGCACCUCAAAGUAGUAAAUGUAAUAAAUUCAAAAUUAUGUAGACCAUUUAAUCUUACGUCCUAGAAUGUUCGCCUGUACGCCACAAAGUUUCUUCGUGCGUUGUUGAGAGCGAAAGUCGCGUUCUUCAAUAACUGGGGAAUAGAAUUGUUGGUUACUCAGGUAAGAAAUGUAGUUUUAUACAAAUAAUGAAUGUUUAUGAAUGUAAUUUUCCAUCUAGGUCAUAGAUCAAUUUUAUCGAAUUUUUAUUUGAAUCAAGGUGACUCGAUAUAUUAAUGCACAUAAAACCCCUUAUACAUGAAUCGGGAAACAAAACGUUAUGCUAUCGUGUCCGCGGGAAUAUUAACGAACGGACUUACAUAAAUGAUCUGACACGCGCCGACGCGCUCUAUCUCCAUUGCUGACGUCAUUAGAAAUGCUAAUUUUUAAAAAACUGUGCGCUACAUCUAUUAUUUCGUGCGGUGACCUAUGUUGAAAUUUUGCACACUGUGUUGGACUGCAAAAGUCUUUCAUUACAGAAUAAACUCAUUACAGAAUAUUUUUAUAUUUUGCUCAUUGUUAGUAUACUGUAUGUUGUAAGUAUAAACUGUUGCACGUAAAGAAAUUGGGCUCACCGUGCUACUUUUCCAACUACACAAAGCAAUAGGCUAUUUUAGAGUGAAUUUCGUUACCAAAACGAACAUAAAUUGAAGAUCAAAAUUGAUGAAUAUUGUGAUAUCUGCUGCAUAACGUUUAAAACUAUCAAACUAUUAUACACCUGAAGUUUGAGCCACCUUAAAUACAAAACAAAUACAUACCUCAGUUGCAUCUACAAUGUUAAAAAAUGAUACAUAUCCAACAAAAAAUUGUCCCAAAAAAUGUUUUAGUGGAGAAUUAAUAUGCACAAAUAAUGGCGUUUAUUUCACCUAUAAUUUCACUCAACAGUAUCGUAAAAAAUAUUUUUACACCAUGCACUGUUUUGCUUCUCAUGAAUUAUGUGUUUGAAUUAAUCAAAUCCCAUUGGUCUCAAUCAGUGGUCUCAAUAUGAAAAUUAUCGCCAAUGAACUACGAUUACGAUCUGAUUAAGAUUUUGACAGAUGAAAUUUAAUGAAAACCAAACCGUUCAGUGAGUAAUACGAGCAACAAAAUUGCUGCAACUUGCAACAAAAUCUGAUUUCAACGCAUGUUAAGUAGAAAUGUUGACACAUGUUGCCUCGUGAUUUGUAAUGUAUGUGUGAACAUGUUCAAUUAACAUGCGUAGAAAUCAGAUUUUGUUGCAAGUUGCAGCAAUUUUGUUGCCCAUAUUACUCCACCUUAAGAUGGUAAUUUUUAUCCAAUAUCACGUGAUCAUAAUGAGCCAAUUAAAUUACCAUAAUUUAAUGAAGUGUUAUAUAACGUUUGUUAUAACUAUUUUUGUUGCUCAUCGAUUUUCACAACCAUCAUUCUUCACAAGAAAUCAAAGUUGACAAUUUAUUUCUUUAAAGCUUUAUGAUCAUGAGAACAGAAUUGCAAUGGAGGCUGCUGAUGUCUUGGAAGAAGCAUGCGAAGAUGAGGUUUGUUUUAUAAGAAAUAUAGGGUUGCAGGAGGUUACUAAGGCUUCACACUAUGUAGCUGGAUAAUCCAAGUUACGAUAUUUAACAGUUAUAGAGUCGAAUAUGAGCUGAUAGAUUCGACGAGAGUGAGUGGAAUAACUGUUUUAUUAUAUACACAAGGUCUGAAUUUACAGACUUUGCUUUUCUGUUAUUUUCAAUAUUUUUCUAUUUUGUUUAUGUUUUUAUCUUCGCUCUUUCGGCCGAUUAUUUUUUCAAAAAUAUAUAUUUUUAACCAUUUUAUAUUUUAAAAAUUCAUUUGCUAACCUGUAAACAAUUUGUGGGAGUUUUUUCAUUGUGUUUUUAAUCCUGAAAGGGCUAUAAAAAGCGAACAACUUGCCGUUUUCUCGUUCGCAAAACAUUGGAAAUUCAAUUUUAGCCGCCAUUUUGUUUUUCUCUACUAGUAGGAUAUGAGCUAAUAUCCUGCUAGUAGAGAACCAAUCAGAUUGCAGAAUACCUCAUAUCCAGACCUUGUGUAUAUAAUAACACUUUUUAUACCUAACCAGGAACGGUUGGGAAAAAUGUAACACUAGGUCCUCUGGCAGGAUUCGAACCUGCGUCCCUGCAAUUCCAGUGCAGCGCACUAACCAACUGAGGUAACCGUUUCCAAAAGUAGCGCCACUCUGUUAAUUUGAAGGAUUGGGUUGUGUUUUCGCAAUUUUAUGGUAAAACAGCAUUUUGCAGCUAACAUUGAUGAUAAAGUGGCCAAAAGGCUAAAAAGUUGUUACAACGUUUUCUAGGCUAAUCUUCAAUAUUUGGUUCAACUUCGACCAGCUUUACUUCAUCUUGGAGACAGAGGCUGGAGACUUUUAACGAGGUACAGUAUAGUGUACUGUCCUGUAUAUAUAGUAGACAUGAAUAACGAAUCAGUUUUUGAAUAACGCAUGCAUACAGUAGUUUGUGCUCGUUAUCUCUGAAGUGGAUAAGAAACUUAUCAUAUUAGGCCGCGUUUACACUUUAACGCUACGGCUGGCAUUCGUUAAAAAUUCACUACGUUUCUUAGACCGUGUUUACACUAUGACGCUACGGCGAUUUACUAUAGCGUAUUGAUUUGCGUCCGGAGUGCCAAGCGUAGUGGUCUGUAGUUGGUACAUUACGGUAAGCAACUCCGUUAAUUUUUAAGGAAAUGCUAGCCGUAACGUUAUAGUGUAAACGUGGCCUUAAAGUUAUCCAUACAGCGCAUGCUGCAUGAUAGUAAUAUAAAAUUUCUCUUUGUUCCAGGUUUUUAUCCGUUGAUAAAGGUUUCACGUAUUUAAGUGGACUGGGUUACGUUGAUCCACUCAUGGAGCAAUGGCUUCAGGUGGGUAUUUAUCCAAUUUAAGAUCUGAAUCUAAGUUCUGUAAUAUUGAAAUGUUCAACACAAAAUCCCACUAUUCGUGAACUGAGAAAUACUGGCUUCCUGGGAAGGCGUGAGAGGUAGAGAAGGGUAGAAACGAAGAAAUAGAUGUACGAAGAUGCGACGACCCUUUCCGAACCUCAUUAUGAUCACGUGAUACGUGUACUAUACGUUUUGUUACACUGCACGGUUUGGUUUUCAUUAAAUUCCAUCUGUCAAAAUCUUAAUCGGAUCGUAAUCGUAGCUCAUUUAGCAAUAAUUUUCUGUAACAAUAUUUCUAACUAAGAAAGCACAAUCAAUUAUCACACUGAUUAUUUAAACAAAUUUACAUAACGAUUGAGGCAGAUUGCUUUUAAAGACUGAUAUAUUUGGAGUAACACGAGGACAGAAACUUCUUUGGCGGCCUGAACUCGCGCCCCGAAUAUAUCACGCACUGAAUGUUAAAAUGGCUGCCACCGAGCGGAAUGUACUUAUUACCUAUGCUCUGUGUCCAACAAAAAGGCGUAUGUAUACGAGUGUGGAAUCAUAUUUUUUCACAGGCUCCGUUAAUUUUCGCCAUGAUACCCGUUUAUUAUAUGCAAUGGCGUUAAAAUCGUGGCUAGUGACUCAACUUAUGCAUUAUUGCAUGGUCAUAUCGUUGCAGAAAUACAGUAGUGAGUACGUAAAAUGGGUGGAGGAAGCUCUUGCUGAAGCCUUAACAACAUAUCAGAAACCAACCGAUGAAGAUGGUGGAUAUGUGAGACAAUCAUCCGUUAAGUAUGUGAAAUAUAAUAACACUAAUACGUUUUCCAACUAUUCUACAGCCAGAUCAUGCACGACAUCACUAACACAAUCUUUGAAGUCUUUAAACUUUUUGCCCAGAAUGCUGUUUUAGCAUCUGCUUGUGUAUGCAUGAUUUUACAUUAGCGACAAUAUUUUGCGAGCAAACUGAAAAAUUUUCCCGAGAUUCAAUGAUGACCGGCACUUGGUACAGUAAGUUUCUGAUUGUUCAAAACGUUGCGGCAACUUGUUGCAGCGUUUUUAAUUCUUUCUUACCUAUUUAUAUAUUUCUGGCAUAUUUUAUAGAGUUGUUAAACGCCAUGUUUACGUUCCAACACACUUCUUUGGCGAAAUCGUGAAGUUAAAGAGUGGAUAUGAACAUCUACAGCAAACAGUAAGUGGAGUAAUAUGUGUAUACGAUUUCAUGUUUCAGAUGUCUAUUUUGCGUUUGGUACAGUAUACUUAUCUAUCAGUUUUCAUUAUUGUAUGAAAUGUAAUUUUUAUCAAAAUUGCGUUCAGGGUUACGUUGGUCAGUUUGUGCAUACAAUUCAGAUGUUUGAUUCAGACAAAGCGGCGGACAUUCAGAAGGUCAAAGCAGCACUUUGGGCAUUGGUAAGUGAUACGUAUGUGUGAAUGGUGUGUGGGAACUCAAAGAUUUCAGUUGGUAUUUGUAAUGUAGGUGAAGGUAACAACAGAAAUGCUAUUUACUUAACGCCAACCCCCGCCCCCUGGCUGAAUCUGCGAACUAUACAUAGAGGCAAAAGAUGAUCAGCCUUUUUGCCAUCCAACCAAUUGGAUUUGAGUAUCGUCUUGUUUUCCUAAUGUUUAAAUAAUUAAAAUGCUUACAUUAAUUUUAUUUUGCUAAACACCAUCCUUUUGGGGAUCUUGAUAAAACUUAGAGCGGUAUAGUUCGUUAAGUGGCGUUAAGACCUCACUUUUGUAUUUUCUGUUAGGGUCAUAUCGGGACCUCAAGCUGGGGCUUAAGUAUCUUAAUUGAGGAGGAAAUUAUCCCUCACAUUGUCGAAAUGGCAAACUUCUGUAGUGUUCUAACUCUAAGAGGGUAAGUCACAGUCUGCGUUUAAAAUAAGCACGCAAUCAGAUUCAGAGGAUUUUACAUCUGCUGCACUAAUCAUAAAUUUUAGUAACAGUAACAUGGUAAGAAUAUAUAGCUCCAUCUUAAUGUAACAUCUGCCCCAUUUCUGGUAGUAGCGAUCGCCGCAAUUUCUAUCAACUUUUCAUCUUGGCUCUUUACAUCCCAGGGAAGCAAUGCAGGGUAUUUUCAUCAGUGGUACAUAAUCAGUAAUGUCUUACAUUGGUGGAUAUAUUUAAUGGCUUAAAUAGACCUUUCCCCUUAUAACCAAAAUUUUGAUAUAGGCAAGUCUAGACAAAUAUUUCAUCACAGCUUGAAAGAGCAUCACAAAAUUAGUAAUAUUCCAAAGUUUCGUUGCGAAAUGUUGUAAAAUGAGGAAAAUAGAGCCUUGCGAAGUUUGCAAUUUUCAGUCAUUUUGCAUAACAAACGGGAAAUUGCAGCCCCAACACCCGAAUCGUAUGUCAAUUUCCCGUUUGUAAUACAAAAUGACUGAAAAACGGCAAACUUCGCAAGGCUAUAUUAUCCGCAUUUUACAAGAUUUUGCACCAAAACUUUGGAAUAUUACUAAUUUUGUGAUGCUCUUUCAAGCUGUGAUGAAAUUUUUGUCUAGAUCGAAAUUUUAGUUAUAAGGGGAAAGGUCCAUUGACAUCUAUAAUUUGCCAAUGUGGUUUGCUAUUUUCUCUUUGAAACUUUUUUGAUCGCAGAGCUUAUCGAAGUAAAAUGCUCGUAGGCUGGUUUUGAUUAAGCAGGUAACAGUUUUGAUCAAACAGUUCAUUUUAUUAUAAAAACCGUCAACGAUUUACAAUUAUAGAGGUUCAAAUUUGACUAUACUUCGUGACAAAGGUUUUGCUUAAAUGCCUAACUACUGUGUGGACUCCUUUCUCGAUCUUUUAAAUAUAUUUGAUAUAGAACUAUAUAUUGUCAAUUUUCAUAAUUUUUUCGUCCUUUAUUUGGUUUCCUGAUAUUUAUAUAGCCCUGUGGUUAUUUCAGGGAGCCAGCUCUCUUUCAAAUCUUCUCAAAAAUUACAAAACAAUUAGUCACAGAUCACAAAUAUAUUUUACUAAUAAUAAUAAUGUUAACUAUAAUUUAAAUAAUUUCUUUGUGUAUAUAAAUUGCAAUUUGAAAGGAGCAAAUAAAUCUUGUAUCUUGUAUCUUGUAUCUUGUACCUAUAAUCUCAAUUUGUGCAUGUAUUAGUAUUUACUUAUGAUAUAAAUGGGAUUAAUUAUGCCGCUUUGUAUAUGUAGAACGUGUUUCUACGUGUUGGGAUUGAUUGCCACAACCCGUCAGGGAGCGGACAUUCUUAAAACGUUAAACUGGGAAAGUGUUCGUCAUAAAGGAGAAGACUCAUGGCCUGUUGUUGAAGUUAAAGAAGAAGCUCUACCUUAUUCCAAGUGGUUUGUCUCAUCGCUCUCUGCUGCUACAGGUUAACAAUUAUUUCUGCCCAUACUCCAUACAUGCAGGCUAUAUAAUUAUUUCUGCCCAUCUACUCCAUACAUGCAGGCUAUAUAUAUAUACAUGCAGGGUAUGAAUUAGAAUAAUCUAAACUUGUUGCCGUUGAAUCAAGAAUUAACACAUCGACCGCCAUAGUAAAUUGUACCAAUGCAGUGGAAUGUAAAAUCUACCAUUGCAUUACCUACAUUUGUUUCUGCUUAAUCCGUUUUAUCCAUUACUCUCAAGACUCAGAUGCAUCGUACUUCCUUGCGAUAGCAAUAUCUAGUCUAAAAUACAUACAGUGGGGGUCAAAAGUCUGAGUCCAGUCAAUAUGAUUUUGCCUUUUAUUGAUAUACAAUAUAUUCUUAUACAACACACCACUAUAUGUGCGUCGAAUAAGGACUUACAUCAACGUUGGAAUUGAUUAUACUAUAUUAACCAAGUGAACAUUAUUUUAAUAUUUUGUGUGACCUCCUUUUGAUUUUAAAACAGCUUCGACUCUUCCUGUCAUAGCCAUAGAUUCAACAAGUUUUCUUAGUAUUGAUGGUUUAAGGUUAUUCCAGCAUUAUUGAUCAACGACAUCCCAUAGGUUGGUUGUCUUUACUUGUGGGAUUCUGUUUCACUUUCUCUCGUUUCAAAUGUUUCCAUAAAUUCUCAAUAGGAUUUAUGAUUUUAGGUCUGGAGGUUGAGAAUGAAAUCCAUAACAACCAGAUCACCUUUCUCAUCCCACAAGUAAAGAAAACAUAUGGGAUGUCCUUACUGUCGUUCCAAUUGAAGUGUUGCUCAAAUAUUGCUUCAAUACAUUACCUCGGGCUGACCAAUUCAUUUGAUCAAGUUCCUCGAGAUAUUCAUACACUUCCUGUGAAAGAGCCAAUUCCAAGUAUUUGAUCAUUUCUGGUCACUUCCUUUCUAUUUACGAUUGGUUAGUUGCACAAACAACAAAGGUGAUUGGUGCAUUCAAACUAUUCAACAGGAAGUUUACAAUUAUACUAGGAAGUGUAUGAAUAUCUCGAGGAACUUGAUGAAAUGAAUUGGUCAGCCCGAUGUAAUGUAUUGAAUCAAUAUUUGAGCAACACUUCAAUUGGAACGACAGUAAUCAAUGCUGGAAUAGCCUUAAGCAGGCAGUACUUAGAACACUUGUUGAAUCUAUGCCAGGAAGAGUUAAAGUAGCCUGCGAACAGGCUCACUGGGAGAAAGGUGAGCCUGCACGGAACCAUGCGUUUUAUUCAAUCAUCCCCUUUUCGCAUCUGCUAAACGCUAACCAAUCAGCGUCGACUGCGAUAAAUAAACUGUCAACUGUCAAAUUGACGCAAGGCGUGUACAUUGUGCAACAUGAACAAUAAUACAAAGCAUUAGCGGGCCGCACAAUAUAUUACUCGGAAAAAUAUAGAAUUCUUCAAAUAUUAAACGAAGUGACUAUAUGACCGGCAGCCGGUCACGGUUUAUCAAAUACUAAAUGGCCGGCAGUCUAGUGACUAUUGUUAAAGUUGAAUUUUUAUAAGAUAAACCUAUCCCCAACCCCAAACCCUUUUCUAACCCUAACCCCUAAGUCCUAACCCUAACCUUUUGAGAGUUAGAAAAGUCGGGAAAAAAAGUUUAAAAAUUUUUAAGAAAAAACAAUGCUAAGUCAAACAAAACACAUCCCGACCCGACUGCGUUUAACUUUUCGCACGCAGCGCCCUUGCCGUAUGAGCUUACGGCAAGUUCGGUAAAAGUUAACGCAAACAAAAGUUUUUAUAUUCAACUAUAGUCACUAGACUGCCGGCCAUUUAGUAUUUGAUAAACCGUGACCGGCUGCCGGUCAUAUAGUCACUUUGAAUAUUAAAUAGAUAUCAAUACACAUACAAAUAUAAAGCCGAAUAAAAUACUACCAUUGGCUUUGAAUGUACAGUAAUACUUGUACUAUGUGCGACUGAAAGAACAAUGUUCUGAAUAUUUUGAAGCUAUUACUAAAAUACGGUCAGAUAGAUUGGGAUUUGGAAUACCGAAUACGUCUAAAAUUUUACUAACUGUGGUCUAAAUAAAUGAUAAAUGAGCAUGUAUUUAUUAAUUUCUUCGAAAUCACGAGUGUGCCAAUAGUGGAAGCCGUAUCGGCGACGAAAUUGUCAGCAGUUAAUAAUAUACAGCAAAUAGUACAACGUUUAAUGUACGAUAUAUAUUUAUCUAAAUGACAUGCCAGCGAGGAUCAACAAUAUAAUUAUUCGUACAUAUUUGGGUAUCUUUUGUAUGCCUUCGCUUUCUGACUUGCUCACUAAUGAGAAUAAUCCGUGAAGCCACGACGACCUCAAAAUGUACUAUACUAUAGUCUGAUGUCAAUCCGAAGACGAAGUUCAGAAUACUGUUAUAGUUUCGUAUAUUGGAUUUAAGCGAUAGAUUCAAGUAAUUUAUGAUAGACUUUUUUGCUGUGAUGCUUUGCUAUUGCUUUUGGUUUCCACUUCUAGUUUUAUUUGUUCGAUAGUCCUAUAAUAUAUAAUAUUAAAAUGAAUAAAGUUCAAAUUCUUCAAAAUGCUGUUGUUGACAUUUGCUAUUUUUAGUAAUUUUGUCAACGAGUGUAAGCCAAUCAGAAGCCUGCGUUUCUAUACGAACGCCACUACCAAGAAAACCUAUAGUUCCGUGCAGGCCCUCUAUUCUUCGCGCCGCCCGCAACCCAGGGCCUGUUCGCAGGCUAGAGUUAAAGCUAUUCUUAAAUCAAAAAAAGGUCACACAAAAUAUUAAAAUAAUUUUCACUUGACUAAUAUAGUAUAAUCAAUUCCAACGUUGAUGUAAAUCCUUAUUUGACGCACAUACAGUGAUCUAUUGUGUGAAAAUAUAUUGUAUAUCAAUAAAGGGCAAAAGCAUAUUGACUGGACUCAGACUUUUGACCCCCACUGUACUUAUCAGCACUUGGGUUUCCCAGAUAAAAUUAAACGUUCGGCUGGCAAGUCAGAAGCUGACGUCGUCAAUGCUUCACUUGUCCGGAAAAAGUAGCAGUUUUCCACCAUAGUCGUUACUAGACUUUCUCUUGCUCCAGGUUUAACAUUUAGUCCGUCUCUGUCCUCCCAAUAUAUUACAGCAAGCAUGACGUACAUGAAAAUAGCAUGAUUCAAGCAUGAAACGAAAGUGAAUGGGACUUCCGGUACUGGAAGUUGACGAUUCUGUUGAUUGUUGUUUAAACUUACUAUAAAAUUUAUAGAAAUACUGUUUACGUUACUUACUGUUAAGUAACGAGGCGAGUGUGUCACUUUUUUGUUCUUCCAACAUUAUGACGUCAUACUGUGUAUCUAUAACUGAACAGACAACGGCAAAAUCUUAUAUCUAUUUGUUUUAUAUAAUAAAAAGAAACCCCCCGAAUUAAACAGAUAAUAGCUUUCUUUUAUCCAUCCAAACAUUUGGAAAUUUGAAAAAGUCGAAAUUUUACAAAUAUCACGCGUACAUGAUCUAUACAAAUACGGGAAUGCUAUUGGAUAAGGUUUUGUGUGACAUAAUUCCGUGUGUGUGUCCUCUAAUAGAUCAUGGCUAUCGACCAAUGAAAGGGCUUAAAUUCUUAAAGUUAUUAUAUAAAGUGCGUUUACACACAGGCAUACAACAGGCCUAUCCCGCGAGAAAAACCGUGGCAAGUUACUGGGGGCACUGAUUGAUUUUUUGCUUGAUUAAUUUUUUGACUUGUUGGUAAUGAAAUCAUUAUUUUGCUAGUUUGCGGACGGUGCCAAGAUAUUAAAGAAUAUCAUCAACUUUAAUUUAUUUUGUAGAUUAUUACCGACAAAGUGUGGACGAAAGCCUUAGACACAGAAAAUCAGAGAGCGAGACCGAGGACGCUCAGAAGUCAUUGUAUGAUGAAGCAAGUGGUGUGUAUCUUGGUACAGAACAUCGACUGAGCAAUGUCUACGACAAAAGCAGUGGCAUUUAUCUUGGUGAGGAAGCUCCUCAAGUACCCAAACAUGAUGAAGGAACUGGUAGCGGUAUCUUACUAAGCAUGCUGGAAGAAAAACGUCAAGAAAUGUAUUUUGGUGAAGACCAACAUGGCGGCAGCAGUGUGUCACUCUCUGAAGAGAAAUCCAGUGGCUCUAAUGAGGAAGUUGAAACAAAGGUCGAGCCGCCGUCUUUGCUAGAGAGAAUAAAUAAAGCCUCCAUUCCAGCACAUCUCAUGCCACCCCCUGCUGAAACUGUGACAGGGAAGAAAGCCAGUGCUGAGGAUGAUAGCAGCCGGGGGGGUAAGAAAAAAUCAACCUCUCGAAGAGAGAACAGUCCAAAAUUAUUAGCUCGAAGCGAGUCUUAUCCACGCAGUGCUUCUAAUGCAUCCAGACAUUCCGCAGACAGCGAUGCUAGUACAGGCACGCAUGGUAACCAACUGAAGACGGGGAUCAACCUCGGGCCAUAUGAAGGUUCCUUAGGAGAAAAUUCUUUGAUUAGUAGAAUUCUUAAAAGUGCAAGCUCUUCACAAGGUAAUAUAUAACUUGUAUGUUUAAUUAUGUAUACAAAGUUUAGAUGAAAUAGGGGGUUUAAUCUAGUGUUUCGCUUCAAGUUUAAUCUAGUGCUCUGAAGCUGUUUCCUCUUUUAAGGAUAAAAUUCUACUCUGCAUGGAGGCAUAUAUGUUUUUGUCGAGAUUAUCAACAUCUUUUCGUAAGGGCGUCCGUUUCUCCUCUCUCUUACAAUAUUAGACUUCUAGCGAGGAAAUUCGGGAUUUAGGGAAUGUACAAAGUAAAUUCGGGUAUUGUUCUAUCCAGCUGCUACAGGUUGUAACUUAUUGAACAAUUUGUUGAAUUGUACGUCGAUAACAAGUUGUUGAACAACUUGGAACUGAUCGUUUGAAUCAUCAACCAAACAUGGCAUCUUCUUUAAGCCUUGAGUAAACUACGAAUCAUUGUUUCCUACCAAUGUUUCGCCAUGUUUCCCAGAGUGGGCAAAUACUAGGAAACAGUGAGGAACAUAGGGAAACAUCAAAUGUUUCUGAAUUUGCUAGGAAACAUUUUUGCUUCUCGGGAAGCAAAUUUUGUUUCCGCAACAAUGUUUCCACGGGUGGGCAAACAGGGAAACAUUGGAGGAAACAUCGAGAAUCGCAAAUGUUUCCGCAACAAUGUUUCCUAGUUUGCCCAGGGCUUUACAAUAUGAGACUAAAAUAUGGCACUGCGGACAGAAAAACAUCAGCCACAUAGUUGGAACAACCUUGCAAAACCAGUGUGUUUUCACGGGUAUACUUAAGAAAGCUCUUUUACAGUUUUCAGAAAAUUUUAUAGCCCGUUUAUAACCUCAUCCUGUAUUGCGUCCCUUAACAGCUUUGGAAUGUUAAUACACAUUUUACUGUUAGUUUCGAUUGAGUGUUUAUAAUUAGCAUUUCUCACACCGGCCAAUAUCCGCCAUUUUUGCGCUACUGUAUUUCCUCGUCAAAGAAUCUAGACAAUUAAAACAAUGGGAAAAUGACUUUUCAAAGUUGUAAUUGUGUAAAUUUACCAUUAUACACACAACUACAAUGAUGAUAAGUCGUAUUUCGUGGUGCGUAUACUCUCAGACUUGGCAGUAUCCCGAAAAUGGUGGAUAAACCGAGCGUGAGAAAGGCUAAUUGAUUUUCUAUUAUUGUUCCAGCCAAAGAUGGCAAAGUAGAAAACGAAGAGACCAAUGUUAAUAGUCCCCUAAGUAGCACUCCUCGAUCACGUGCAACAGAUGGUGAUGAAGUACGUCACGUGCGCAGCUCGAGUGGAGUAAGUGAGUCAAGUUAUCGUUCACAGUCCUCCAUGGACACUUUCCAAAGUUUUGGAAGUUAUAAAAGUCAAACAAGUCUAGACGAGAACAUCCCGUUACAUUUGGACUUAGAUAAACCUUACGAGAAAUCGAUGAGGAAAAGACAAGCCGAGCUAAAUCGCACACGUAGUUCGAGUUUAAAUGAACAGGGUAGCGUAGUAGACCCAAGACUCUCUAUAACAGCUGACGCUCGAAGUGCCAGUUUCUCUGGAACAACUGACGACAUGAGUCACUAUCCUGCACGAGCAAACCGACCAAUUUUCCGAAAUGAUUACUCCAUCAGCUUACCUGCGAACGACCAACGCGCUUUGAUAACGGGCAGUAACACUGAGGUGAUGUUACUGGACAAUAAAACGCUGGUUUUAAAGAAUCUUACAAAGUCUGAAGAAACAGAUGGUUUUGAUGGUUCAUAUUUAGAUCAGAUGAGCAUGGGUGAUGGUCUAAGUUAUAUGGCGUCUGUUGUUAGUAGAAAUGACCAUGUUAGAGAUAUAGGAACCUCAGUUGAUGAAAUAAACAAGAAAUUUCCUCGCAAAGCGUAUUCUCGUAGCGCAAGCUCGGCUAGUUCAAGUUAUACUCCGCGUGGUAAACGACUUAAAAAAAGCGUGACUUCAAUGUCGAUAUGGAGUCUUCAAUCUGUUCCAAUGAGCCCUACAUCUCCAUCGGAUGUCGAAAGCGUAGACAUGAUGCCAACCUACACAUCUUUUCGCGACGCACAUGGUUAUUCUGCUUUGAGUAAUUUGCGCAGAAAGCGAAGUAUGAACAGGGAUAUUGAAUCGCGAAUUGGAGGAUUUAAUCAGUCGUUCGCCAUUGUUGGGUAAGCCUUGUUCUAUGUUGUUUACAGUUUAGUUUUUAUUGCUAUUGUUAUUGAUGCUAUUCUUGUCUUUAUUUCUUGGUGUUGGUGAUGCUAUCGUUGCUGUUGGUGAUGCUAUCGUUGCUGUUGGUGAUGCUUAUGUUGUUGUUGUUGUUGUUGUCGUUGUCGUUGUCGUCGUUGUCGUUGUCGUCGUCGUCGUUGUCGUUGUCGUUGUCGUUGUCGUUGUCGUUGUCGUUGUCGUUGUUGUUGUUGUUGUUGUUGUUGUCGUCGUCGUCGUUGUUGUUGUUGUCGUCGUCGUUGUUGUCGUCGUCGUCGUCGUCGUCGUUGUUGUUGUCGUCGUCGUCGUCGUUGUUGUUGUCGUUGUUGUUGUCGUCGUUGUUGUUGUCGUCGUCGUCGUCGUCGUCGUUGUUGUUGUUGUCGUCGUCGUCGUUGUUGUUGUCGUCGUCGUCGUCGUUGUUGUUGUUGUUGUCGUCGUCGUCGUUGUUGUUGUUGUCGUCGUCGUCGUUGUUGUUGUUGUCGUCGUUGUUGUUGUUGUCGUCGUCGUUGUUGUUGUUGUCGUCGUCGUUGUUGUUGUUGUCGUCGUCGUUGUUGUUGUUGUCGUCGUCGUUGUUGUUGUUGUCGUCGUCGUUGUUGUUCGUCGUCGUCGUCGUCGUCGUCGUUGUUGUUGUUGUCGUCGUCGUCGUUGUUGUUGUCGUCGUCGUCGUCGUCGUCGUCGUUGUUGUUGUUGUCGUCGUCGUCGUUGUUGUUGUUGUUGUUGUCGUCGUCGUUGUUGUUGUUGUCGUCGUCGUCGUUGCCGUUGUCGUCGCCGUCGUUGUCGCUGUUGUUGUAAUAUGGUGUGUUGGAUAUUGUCAUUGUGUUGCUUUCCGUGCUUACGCUACGAGUACUUGAAAUGCCUGUGCCCACAUCGUGUUGCCUAAAUGGUUUUAGGAAAUUGGGUCCAGAAACAAGAUGUAGCAUUGUUUAUAAAUAUUUAACCACACCUGACGCCCGUAUGGUUGUUUCCGUUAGCUUGAAUAUUAGAAAAAGUCGGAAUUCACAAAAAAUAUUUUUGUGAACAUGCAUAAUCACCAUGUAUACUUAAUAUCUUUAUUGCCUGUUGAUUAAAAAAAUGUCGCCUUUCUUCUAGCUUGACCACAUUAGUGGUUCGUGCGUGGUUGCUGCCACUGAUGAUCUACUAUUAGAUCAGUGGGUUGCUGCACCAAUACACCUUGUAAAAAUCAACAAUAAUUCAUGAAGAGAAUUCAAAUGAAGUCGAUGUUUAACGAGGUGUUUUAUCCACAUAUACAAAAUUUUCGUGAUUUGCAUAAACCUUUUACUCCAAUAUCUGAUCAAGAUGGCCGCUUAUGCUGUAUAUAUAUUACUUAUAAAACAAUUGCUUUUGACUAAUUGCCCCCAUUUCGCUGGGUUUUUUUACUAUUUCAGACCUCCUAUCCCUGAAUCCCGACCAUUAUCCUUGGACUUCGCAGAAAGCCAAACAUCGGGAUCUUCAGCUCUUCCCACUCCCUCUCCUCUGGAUCAUCAAUAUGGCAGGAAAUUGAAAACAGCGAGUUCCGCAAGAGGAAACGAAUUUUUGGGAUUGACAUUGCCUCUUGAUCUCACCGACUUCUUUAUGGUAUGCAAGCGUUCCUGUCCAUAGUGUAAGAAAUAUAUGCGUACAAAUAUGAAUGAAGUGCAGUUUGGCGUUCACCACCAACACUAGUCUUUCAGUUUGUGGUGGAAUGCUAAACACACUGAACUCAACAAACUCUCAACAUAUGAUUCAUUAUAGAACAAUUCAAUUUAUUUUGCACAAAUUUUACCAUAGACAUAGUACAUUGGAUUAUUUUAAACUUGAGAUCGAUUUAGUUAUUUUACAAAUUAUAGACAAGUUACUAUAUUAAAGGAGUGUGACAAACUAUGAUUCUUUGACACCAUCAUCACACGCGAAGUCGCAAAUUAAACAUUAGAGAGCUUAAGAUGAGGUAAAUCUAGGACGCGGACAUGACAAAAAGCACACCCUAAAUUCGUAGUGUCAAAAACACGGGUAAAAAAUAUGGAUUAUUUUUAUUAAUAAAGAAGGAUACAGGUGAAAAACAAAUUUAAACUGGUAACAAAUCCAAAAGAAAAGCAUAAGUAACUGUCUUUUUGUCAUAUCCGCGUACUAGAUUUAUACUUUGACUACAAUUCAUAUCAUGAAAAAAGAUACCAAACUACUACCAAACACGGGCGAAAGGUAACUAUCGAACUCAAACGCCUUACGGGCGAGUGGCUACCCAUUACGAAGUAUCAACCACGACAUGACAAACAGUGAAUGAAUGCACUCUAUUCUGAAGAACUAGUAGGCAUUGUCAAUCUGCUUAUAAAUACGAGUUUAUUCAACUUUCAACUUAAUAAAUUUGUUUGUGAGAUAUCGGUAAAAUAACAAAGUAGUAACUUCCUUGGAAACGUCGACAUUUUCUUGAUCGUUUUAACGACAUAAACCACAACACUUUAUUGUAUCAACCGCAGCGAACGUUCGAGAUAUCAUUUUAUAGGUGUUCAAACCUUGUAGGGGACCUCGUGUCCUAUUGUUUGUUCGCCUAGUGUAUUUAUGUUAUGCUUUUUUUUUCUUGUAGUAUGUGUAUCUAUACUGAAUUUUUAAAAUAGAAAUAAAUAAAAAAUACAGACGAAAUCCCUCGCGAAAUCCAUUGACAAAUACAAACUUCCGCUCUAGACAUCGAAGAACCAACCUUCCUCAGGUACUUUCGACUCAAACUACAGCAGUUUAUUAAACUUUUAUGUCAUUUCAGGUCGCUGAAUGUCAGUUCAAAGGAUCGUGGGCUGCCAAUUUCAAUGGUAUUUCCACAAGUAUGCCCCAGGAGACAGCAAGCUCAGAGUCAGAAACUACACAGAUUGUGAAAGGAAAAUCAUCCCAUGAUGUCACCCAUUGUCUCUCGUGCAUGGACAUAUCCCGUAUUACUGGACUUCAUGUGACUAGGCAAGCAUCGGUAGAAUCAACCGACGGUACAACCGUUAAAAGUGACACUCCUGAUAAAAAUGUAACUUUGCUGAAUGGACCUGGAUCUGGUAAAAGUGAAACUCCAUCUUCUGGAAGUAUUCUGGAGAAAUUCGUAAAAGGAAAGCGUGGUGAUGCGAUAACUCCAAAGGAACAAAGUUUAAUCAAACGUGAAAUAUUGAGGCUAGUCGUGAAUUUGAGCAGUGCCGUCACGUCCAAAUCUCAUCAACAGUCCCUACGGAGGUAAGUAAUACCAGUGAGCUCUCUAUACCUGGAGUAAUUCGGCCCAGGGGAAAAGUUAAGCUAAGAUGGCGAAAAUUGACGUCCAGUGCCUAUGAAGGUCGCAAACAGUUUUCAUAUCAUUUUCCCCUGCUAAAUCCUGUUUUUUUUCUCACGAAAUCUAUCGCUAAUGACGUUUUCAAUUCAUAAAACCAUAGUAUUAUCCUUUAAGGAGGCUUCCCAGAGUUUGCAAUAUAUGUCAGUGCUUUAAACUAAAAGCUAUUUGAAUCUAAAAAAACCUAUUUUUUGCACAAGCCAUUGUUUCCUCUUAUAUAAAAGAGUAAUUUUUAACCCACAAUCGCUACUCUUCACGUUAUCAUGACAACAUAACGUCACGUCGUCACCAUCUAUAUGGCCUAUAUCAACCAAAAAAUCCGUCUUAGCGGACAAAUAACCACAGUGACCUACCUUUUUUAUUGCAGAAAAUACAUUGUUAUGAAGUUUUGAAUCUUUUUUGAAAGUUACUUGAAAAUCGCCAGUGUAGUUUUCGAGAAACUGAAUUUCAGCCUUUUUUUUCAAUUUGCAGUUUAGCUUUUGGAAAGGCUGAAAUUCAGUUUCUCGAAAACUACACUGGCGAUUUUCAGAUAACUUUCAAAAAAGAUUCAAAACUUCAUAACAAUGUAUUUCACCGUGGUUAUUUGUUCGCUAAGACGGCUUUUUGGUUGAUAUAGGCCAUAUCGAUAGUGACGUCAUGUUGUCAUGGUAACAUGAAGAGUAGUGAUUGUGGGUUAAAAUUACUUUUUUAUAUAAGAGGAUCGGAAACAGUGGCUCGUGCAAAAAAAUAGUUUUUUUAGAUUCAAAUAGCUUUUAGUUUAAAACACUGAUAUAUAUUGGAAACUAUAGGGAGCCUCCUUAAAUCGAAGUCAAAACACGAAUUUGGGGACACUCUUUGCAGCCUCGUGUUAACGGGGCCGACAAGUACUACUGAAAAGAAAAGACUUCAAUUUUCACCAAUUUUGGUUUCACUUUUUGCAUUAUAUAUAACAAAUCGAUAAGAUUUUGCCGUUGUCUGUUCGUUUACAGAUACACAGUAUGACAUAAUGUGGUAAGAACAAAAAAGUGGCUCAUGCAUGAGACCUGACUGGGCCGAGUGUAGGUUUUGCAGGAUAACGUUCAUUUUACGAAAAGAGGAGACGAGAUUCAGUAUUUCCAGAGUGGCAGAAUAAUAAAUACGUAAAACGGGCGGGAUAGUAAUUAUUUGAGCAAGAGAUUGCGGAUUUAUAAGAACCCUGUUGUGGACCCCCUGAAUUUUGGAGUUGACUUUAACUUUUAUGUUUUAGUUGGAAAGAGAACGUACCACAGAUGUUUGACGAUCUUUGUUUGUACAGUCAAGUGAUUGAACAAAUGAGUUUAUACAAAUAUAAAUUGACCAUGCGAAGAUUUAUCCAAGGAUUCUUCGAACCAGUGAAAUUUACACAGGUAAGAAAAUGUAGUUAGUAACGGACCGUUUGUUUGACCUGGUUGACUCGUUACUUUCCACGUGAUUCUGCGGCGUCGAGAAUUUCUAAACUUAAAGUUGAAAGUAAUAAUCGGAAAAGAUUAUAUCUAAAUGUGUAUAAUUGUAUGUGUUUAGUCUGUAUAAAUAUGUUUAAUUCCUGGAGGCAGUUGUACGAAGGCGGACAGAUAACGCUAUACACUGGAUAGUGAUAGGAUCAACUUUUCAUUUGUAAAAACGUCUGAAAAGCUGCGAAAGGACAUAAUCUCCACAGUAAUUAAAACAAACUUUAUUUCGUUAAAUACUAAAUAUUAAUCUCGGUUAUAUUACAGGUAAACUACGUCAAGUGUUCCUCCUUUGAGUUCGUAACUUGAUUAUUACAAUUUUCCUCAUUACUUUACAAAUUUGAAAAACUCUUUUGCAAAUCCCUUGAGGUAAUUUGCAAUGUUCCAAUCGGCUGUUACAAUAUUCCAAUGCAGAUUGCAAGAAACUUCCUUUUAAAUUCUCCUAACUUCUUGUUUUAAUUUCCUGACUUCCUGUCUGCUCUGUUCUGUUCUGUUCUGUUCUGUUCUGAGCGUUGUCAAGAUUACUUUUCUUAGCCAAUUACAACGCGCAGAGCAGAACCGGAAGUUAACUUCCUGUUACAGGAACUUGUAACAGGAAGUUAAGGACUUCUAACCGGAACUGAGAAAAAUUUAAUUGGCCUUUAGGAACAUUGCAAAGGUAAUCGAAUGAGGAAAAUUGCAAUCAAGUUACGAACAUAACAAAGGAACGCUUGACGUAGUUUACCUGGAAUACCAAUCAAAGACAAAGGCCAAUUUAGAAAGCUUGCGCAGUGGUAGCUUCAUACAACCGGGUUCUGAAUUCAAUCUUGAUGUAUUCAGAGCAAGUCGCAUCACAAUGAUCCUAUGAUUAUGCGAUAAAUAUAUUUUUUCCCUUUUUGUUUUAGCUUCUUGACCAAGCUGAUGCAAUUAUCAAGAAACACAACAUUUGAUGAAAUGGCAAAUUUUGAAGGAAUAUAUUAUGAAAACACGACAUAUUUUUCAGGAAAACAAUUAUAAAUAUCAGAUAGUGUACAUACUAUAUAGGUAUAAAUUUGCACGGUUUGAAAGCUAAUUUGUUAAAAUUUAGAACUAACCAUGGUAAUGAUAAUAAACGGUGGAUAUAGAAAGAGAAAUGGUGGUGUGUUUGCGAAGGGUCUAAAAUACAGGAUUUAUUCUUUGUUUGCAUCAC